AUGGCACGGGCAGCGCUCCGCCUGUCGGCGGUCAGUGUGUUGGUGCUUUUGAUGCCCGUGGCCAUGUGCAUGGUGUUGAUAGACAGCCGUGACUACGACGUGGAUAGAUUGUCUGCAGCCAGAUUAGAUGACUCGACCACGGUUUCGCUGUACUCCAGUACAACUCCACUCCAGAACAACUCGACUACACUAGUUUCGGCAGUCCCGUUACAUCUGACACUUAACGAAAGAAUCGAACUAGAGAAGCUCACCUGGCACUGGUACCCGUGGCGCCGGAUUAACUAUGAAGUGCUGCCCGACGGUCGCACCGAGGAAGUGGAGUGCGAAGAGAAUUCCGCGAUGGACGAUCUGCCCGACGAUAUCUUUACGCAGGAGCAAAGGCUACAGGGCGCAAUCGUGCUGCACUUUGUCGGUGCCAUCUACUUCUUCACCUUAGUCGCUUACGUGUGCGGUGAGUACUUCCUGCCGUCGGUCGAGUGUAUCUGCGAGGAUCUAAAUCUCACGCAGGACGUUGCGGCGGCCACGUUUAUGGCGAUUGCUUCCACGAUGCCCGAGUUUUUCACCAACACCAUCAGCACGUUCAUUGCCGACUCGGACAUGGGCCUGGGUACGGUUAUGGGCUCACUGCUCUUCAACACACUCGGGGUGGCUGGAUUGGCUGGCUUAGCGACAAAAAUGCCCGUUCAGCUGGACUGGUGGCCCCUGACGCGCGACGCCUUUAUAUUCAUGGCCCACAUCGGGCUGCUGAUCGGGUUCGCCUGGGAUGGGCGGAUCUACUGGUACGAGGCGAUGGUGUUAUUCAUCCUGUUCUUCUUCUACUUCGUGCUGAUGUUCCAAAACAAGCGGCUGAUGAGGGUGGCCAAGAAGUACAUCGAAGUCAGGUGGAACCUGUGCGCUCGCGUGAUUCGCAACAUCGAGGAAGAUGAGCGAAUCGCGGCAGAGGCGCAACAGCAACAGGAACUGCCCACCGUUUCGAACCUGCCACGCAAGACACUCGACAAGCCGGCCUUCCGGCCGUCGACGGCGUCGAUCCUGUCCGAGCAGAUGGCAGAAACCAAGAUGCGGAUGGGUGAACUGCAGAUUCCCGCUCGGCACGUGGUGGAAGACACGGGCGAGUACGAAAGCAUGACGCUAUGGAAGAUCUCGACGGAAACGUGGUACCGGACCGCAUGGUGGUGGUACAGCUGGCCGCUACGACUCGUUACCCACUUUACCAUCCCCAAUCCGGUCGUGGCACGCCGUUGGUAUCCGUUAACGUUCAUCAUGUGCGUCGUCUAUCUGGCGGCGUGCGCGUUCAUGACAUUCUGGCUGCUAACCAUUAUUGGCUACACCUUCGACAUUCCCGACUCCGUGAUGGGGCUGACGUUUCUGGCGUUCGGUGGCUGCAUGCCGGAAGCGGUGUCUGCCAUCCUGGUGAUCCGUACCGGCAGCGGCGCCAUGGGCGUCUCGAACGCGAUGGGCGCCAACACGCUGGCGAUCCUGUUUUCGCUCGGGCUGCCGUGGUUCAUUCGCACGCUAGCCGACGGUGGCAGCGGUGAAAACGCGUACAUGGUGAUCGCCUCCUACGGGCUACAGUACUCGAUCAUUGCGCUGCUCGGUUCAGUUAUUUUCCUCUACCUGGUGAUCUACAUUGCCAUGUACAAGCUGCGCAAGACCGUCGGACUGAUACUCUUCGUUGGGUACGCGCUGUUUGUCGCUUUCAUGGUGCUGAACGAACUGGACGUUAUCAUUCCCUCCGGCGACGAGUGCUGA